UCAUGUUUGUGUCCAGUGGAGGAUCUGGGGUCGCUGUUUGAGAAGCGAGAUUUUAAAGACCGGCCGCGGUUGACGGGCACCAAAUCCACUCUGUCUCUGCGUCUGGAGCAGUGUCCCCAGCAGCUCAACAACCCCUUCAAUGAAUACUCCAAAUUCGAUGGCAAGGGCCACAUUGGCACAACGGCUACCAAGAAGAUAGACGUCUACCUCUCAAUGCAGCUGGCCCAGGAGAAGCUGCAUCCCAUGACAGUGGUGACCAUCGCUAACGCCCGCGUGCACGACCUCAUCGGCCUCAUCUGCUGGCAGUACACGAGCGAGGGACGAGAACCCAAACUCAAUGAUAAUGUGACUGCUUACUGCCUGCACAUCGCUGAGGAUGAUGGCGAGGUGGACACCGACUUCCCUCCGCUGGACUCCAACGAACCAAUCCACAAGUUUGGAUUCAGCACGCUGGCCUUGGUGGAGAAAUACUCGUCGCCUGGCCUCGCUUCCAGAGAGUCACUGUUUGUCAGAAUAAAUGCUGCUCAUGGUUUCUCCUUAAUCCCUGUGGACAGUCUGAAGGUCACCAUGAAGGACAUUCUCCAGAAAGCACUUAAGAAGAGGAAAGGCUCACAGAUAGGCUCAGGUCCCAUGUAUCGCCUGGAGAAGCAGACGGAGCCGAAUGUGUCCGUAGAUCUGGACGCUACGCUGGAGAGCCAGAGCACCCUGGAGUUCUGCCUGGUCAGAGAGAACAGUCUCCGAGGGGAGGAGAGCUCAGAGGAAGACCUCCUAACGAAACUCCAAUGUGCAGGACAUGCUGAGCAGUCACACUACACUAUGUCCUUCAAGAUCAGCAUGAUCCACAAGCUGCGCUUCACCACGGAUGUCCAGCUAGGCAUUUCAGGAGAGAAAGUGGAGAUCGAUCCUGUCACCAAUCAGAAGGCCAGCACUAAGUUCUGGAUCCGUCAGAAACCCAUCUCUAUCGACUCGGACCACCUCUGUGCCUGUGACCUCGUGGAGGAGAGAAGCCCCAGUCAUGCAAUAUUUAAGUUCACUUAUCUGAGCAACCACGACUACAAGCCGCUCUACUUCGAGUCUGAUGCUGCUACUGUCAAUGAAAUAGUUCUACGGGUGAACUAUAUCCUGGAGUCCCGGGCCAGCACAUCUCGGGCUGAUUACUUCGCCCAGAAACAAAGGAAACUCAGCCGCCGGACCAGCUUCAGCUUCCAGAAGGAGAAGAAGUCCGGCCAGUAGAAAGACGAGAAAUGCUUAGCAACAUAGACUGAUGCUAUAAAAAUAAAAUGAAAUAGUAAAUGCAAAAAUGAGGCCUGUCUCUACACAGACAGCAUUAGGCUACACGCAGCAAAGUGAUGACUGAUAAGUGGAGUCAGAGUACGUGUCUCUGCUUCAGAUGAACUGGUUGGAGGUCUCUGAAACUCCAUGGGUGAAGACGGUCAACGAGCAAAAAUAAAUGAUGGAAAGAACCAGAGAAUUGUUGGACAGAGUUUUGGCUGCCAUGUCGCCGUCAGCUCUUGUUCUUUAACUGCCUUUUGAACAUAGGCUGCCUCCCCAGGGAUGGAUUUGUACACCCAACAAACAAAACCAAGCUACAUGCUAAACCUUUGAGUCUCUCCUGCAUCUGUAACAGACCAUUUUACAUGACAACGUGAAAGGAAACCUUCACAUGUGUUAUGUACUGUACAUAGACAUUUUACAUGCAACAAAUGAAAAAAAAAUUGAAAUUAAAAUGAAGACGUCUU